AUGAAGUUGGCCGUCUUUAGUGCCAAAUCCUACGAUCGCACCUACCUAGAUCAGGUGCGAGAUCAGCACUUUCCGCAACUAUGUACCAUCGAGUACCAUGCCUUCGCUCUAUCUGAGGAAACCGUACCCCUAGCCCAAGGUUGCGAUGCAGUCUGUGUCUUCGUCAACGACACCCUAGACGAGCCUGUGCUGAGAGCCCUCCAUGCAUACGGGAUCCGUGCCAUCUUGCUCCGCUGCGCGGGAUUUAACCAUAUCCACCUCGCAACUGCCGAGGAGCUAGGCCUCUUCGUGGCGAAUGUGCCGGCAUACUCUCCGGAAGCCGUGGCCGAGUUCGCCGUGGCUUUGAUUCAAACCUUGAAUCGGAAGACUCACCGCGCAUACAAUCGUGUACGCGAAGGUAACUUCAACAUCGAAGGUCUACUGGGAAAUACCCUGCAUGGCAAAACCGUUGGGAUCAUCGGCGUGGGGCGCAUCGGGCUUGCCGCCGCACGCAUUUUCCACGGCUUCGGGUGCCGACUACUUGCGCACGACCCCUUUGCCGGCGAAGAGUUCCGACAGUACGGCACGCUAGUGGAUCUCGAUACCCUGCUGAAAGAAUGCCACAUCGUUAGUCUGCAUUGUCCUCUCACGGACAGCACGAAGCAUCUCAUCAAUGAAAAGACAUUGGCGCUCAUACGACCGGGUUCUUUAUUGGUCAAUACCUCACGUGGUGGACUCAUAGAUACCACGGCAGUCGUCCAGGCGUUGAAGACGAAGCGGCUGGGUGGGUUGGCGUUGGAUGUCUAUGAAGCUGAAGGCGAACUGUUCUACAACGAUCACUCCGGUGAGAUCAUUGAGGACGACUUGCUGAUGCGCCUGAUGACCUUCCAUAAUGUCCUGAUCUGUGGUCACCAAGGGUUCUUCACGACCGAGGCCCUCGAGGAGAUUGCUGAGGUCACACUCGGCAAUCUCUCUAAUUUCGUCUCGGGCGUCUCUUGUAAGAACUCCCUGGUCACUGAGGGACAUUUAUUAGUUCCGCUUGACAAAGAACCGGUGAGACUGUAA